CGAUAAUUUGGCAACCCGGUAGGAACAGGAACUGCCAUAAAUACAAAAAACAGUUUUGGCGGGACUGGAGAACGGGGUAGUCGGCUAAUUCGAUUCGUUGAUCGUUUUUGCUUGUGCCCGCGUGCUUUGCGAUUUUGCUAAAAAAAAAAGUAUUCAAAUUUCUGUUAUCAUUUCAUUCAUUCGCGUUACAAUGCCUCCUAAAAGAAGAGCCCCAAAAGCAAACGCACCCAAACCGGCUGAAGAAAAAGAUGAUCCUUCAACAAAUACACAGUUGAUAGAAAAAAGAAAUAGAAACGGGAAACAAGCUGGAAACAUUGAUGAUCCUUUCUUGGAUGAAGAACCUCAACUGCCAAAAGCUAGGAAAGGUAAGCAAACUGAAAAAUUGGAUGAUCCCCUAUCGGAAGAAGACAUGCCAAAAUCCAGAAAAGGUAAAAAGGCUGCGAAGCUUGAAGACCCUUUACCAGAAAAAGAUGAAACAGAAGUAGUGGCUAAAACUAGAAAAGGGAAAAAGGCUGAAAAAUUAGACAAACCUUUGUCAGAUGAAGAAAUACCAGAUGUGCAAGUGACAAAGACUAAAAAAGGAAAGGAAACCAAGCAGGUCAAGAAGCCAGAACCAGAGAAAGUUAAAGUCAAGCUACCAGCAAAAAAAAGAGGAGUAGCAAAAGAGAUUGAAAAACCUGAUGAAGAAAUGGCUGAUGAACAGCAAUUGGAGUCAGCAGCAACUGAUGAAGCUCCGGCAAAGAAAAAAAGAGGAGGAGCUAAGCAGGUUGAAACCCCAGAUGAGGAGGUCUCUGAUAAGAAACAGACUAAAAAACAAUUAAAAGCCUCUGAAGCGACUGAUGAAGCUCCUGCAAAGAAAAAGAGAGGAGCCACAAAACAGACUGAUAAACAAGAUACCAAAGAAGUAGUUGAGGAUUUAAUUGAAGAACUUCCUGCAAGGAAAAGACGUGGAGCAGCACCAAAGCAGAUGUUUGAAGAAGAGGAUUCCGAAGAAGAUGUUCCAGUUAAGAAGAAGCGAGGAGCUAAAGCUGCGGUCAAGAAAACUGAAACCAAAGCAGCACCAUUGAAUCAAACUGCAACCAUAUGGGACAAUAUUAACUUCGAUUCUGACAAAAAAAAUAAAGAAGGUAAAGUUCACAAUUUGAAAAUCACCUCCUGGAAUGUGGAUGGUAUAAGGUCCUGGUUAACCAAAGACGGUUCCUCUAUAAUGAACUACAGCAAACCAGAUAUAUUCUGUCUGCAAGAAACCAGGUGCAGUGACAAAAAAUUGCCUGAAGAACUCACCAAAAUCGACGAUUAUCAUGUGUAUUGGUGUCCCAGCCAAAAGGAGGGCUACGCAGGUGUGGGAGUUUAUUCCAAAAUCGUCCCGCUGGACGUUAUUCAUGGAAUAGGAAAUGAUGAGCAUGACAAUGAAGGACGCUGCAUUACCUGCGAAUAUGAUGGCUUUUAUCUUGUGAACGUAUAUGUGCCAAAUGCUGGCAGAGGCUUGAAGACCUUGCCAAAACGUCUCGAAUGGAACGAGCUAUUCAAGGCUUUUAUCAAAAACCUUGAUGAAAAAAAACCGGUCAUUGUUUGCGGUGAUAUGAAUGUUGCCCAUAACGAAAUAGAUUUGAGCAAUCCAAAGUCUAACAAAAAAAAUGCUGGAUUUACUCAGGAAGAACGUGACGGAAUGACUGAUUUUUUGAAAGAUGGAGGCUUUGUUGAUACAUUCAGGGAACUGUAUCCUGAAGAGAAAGAUGUGUACACGUUUUGGUCGUACAUGGCUAAGGCCAGAGCUAAGAAUGUAGGAUGGCGUUUGGACUAUUUUAUUGUCUCCGAACGGAUCGGUGACAAAGUCUGCGAUAAUGUUGUGAAUAAGGAUGUUUAUGGAUCUGAUCAUUGCCCCAUAACCCUGUUCAUUAAUAUUUAAGUUAAGUUUCAUGGUUUUAAAUCAUUUUCGUUUGUUUUCUUUUAUUGAUAAUUUUGAUUUUAGAAUUAAUUUGUUUUUGAUUAUUGUUCUAGAUAUUUUAAUCACUCUGUGAUUUUUUGUAUUAGAUUAUUUGUUACUUGAAGAUGUAUUAGGAUAAAUGAACAAUGUAGAAAAUGAUCAUUUUUUUCCAAGAAUAAUUAUUUGUCCUUCGACGUAAUUGUUUGUAUUUUUACCUGUGAGAAUUUGCUUAAUAAACUGAAUAA